AUGAAUGAGCAGGUCUUUAAGGGGGACCCGGACACCCCUCAUUCCAUCUCCUUCUCGGGGAGCGGCUUCCUGUCCUUCUACCAGGCUGGGGCUGUGGAUGCCUUGCGGGACCUGGCCCCCCGGAUGUUGGACACAGCCCACCGCUUUGCAGGGACAUCAGCAGGAGCUGUGAUCGCAGCCCUGGUCACCUGCGGGAUUGAAAUGGACGAGUACCUCCGGGUCCUCAACGUGGGUGUGGCCGAAGUGAAGAAGUCCUUCCUGGGGCCCCUGUCCCCGUCCUGCAAGAUGGUACAGAUGAUGAGGCAGUUCCUGUACCGCGUGCUGCCCGAGGACUCCUACAAGGCGGCCAAUGGCAAGCUGCAUGUCAGCCUCACCCGCUUCACCGACGGGGAGUGUGUAGUGGUCUCAGAGUACACGUCCAAGGAGGAGCUCAUUGAGGCCUUGUACUGCAGCUGCUUUGUUCCCGUCUACUGCGGCCUCAUCCCCCCGACUUACCGCGGUGUGCGGUACAUCGACGGUGGCUUCACAGACAUGCAACCCUGCUCCUUCUGGACCGACUCUAUCACCAUCUCCACCUUCAGCGGGCAGCAGGACAUCUGUCCCCGCGAUUGCCCCGCCAUCUUCAAUGACUUCCGCCUGUUCAACUACUCCUUCCAGUUCUCCCUGGAGAACCUCGCCCGGAUGACCCACGCUCUCUUUCCCCCGGACCUGGUGAUCCUGCACGACUACUACUACCGAGGGUACGACGACACCGUGUUGUACCUGAAGCGGCUGAAUGCCACCUACCUCAAUUCUCCCUCCAAGAGAGUGAUUUUCCCCCGAGUAGAAGUUUACUGCCAAAUUGAACUUGCCCUUGGCCACGAGUGUCCUGAGCGCAGCCAGCUGAACCUCCACACACAGCAGGCCAGUCCGGAAGAACCCACAGGUCACCUGCAGUGUGCUCCUGAGGGAGAUGGAAGGGGCGGCCACGUGCCAUCCGUGUCCCCACCUGAGCUCACAAGUGAGAGGCCUGUGGAGUCACCUGUCCCACCACCCAUGUCUUCACCUGAAUCCCCACUGGCUUCAUCUCCGGAACAUUCUCCAACUGACUCACUGCCUGAGCCACCUGCAUCACCCCCAGAUGUCGACGUGACCCCCAGCUCAUCCCCUGGUUCGUCUCUACCUGUCACACCAACUGGGCUGGUACCUGUGUCACCUCAGCAGCAGGCCCAAGCCCCUGAGUCACCACCCAGAUCCCCUACAUCUCGGUCAGCCACAUCAGCCCUGCCAGCUCCAGGGUCCUCAGCUGUGGAGUCCUGCCAAGCACCACCCCGAGGUUCCUCUCCAGCACCACCUGCACAGCCAUCUGUGGAGGAACUGGGACCGGAACAGCCCCCAGGUAUGGAGAUUCUUGUGACAAGUGAGCCAAAAGGAGGGCGGGCUCUUGUCAACUGUGGCUUUUGGGACUGGAUGGGAUUCCAGGUUUUGCUGAUUCAGGAGGUCCAAGUGCAAGGGACGUUGAGGCUGAAGAAGGCAUCCUCCCCUGCCUCUCCAAUGAGUCCAACGCAUCAGGCUCAGCCCAAGGACACCAUCAGCAAGGCGUGUGCACCGCACAGCCCUGCUGACUCCCACUGGGUGAGCAAGAUAUUCAGGAAGAGCAAACCGAAGAUGAGUGGUACCAGAAGAGGCUGUCAAAGACUACCAUGGCCCAAAGAGCCCGGUGGCAGCGUGUGGUCAGCGCCCUGCCCACUCGGCCUCUCUCUGCUCUCUACUUCCGAGAUGGUUUGGAUCUCCUACAGACCCCACCCCAGCCAGACCCAAGAACACAGCUGUCCAGAGGUAUGGGACUCCUCUGGGGUGCUGCGGGGACCCAUGGGGCUGUCCACCCAGCUGCCUAUCUGCCCCUACAUUCUGCUUCCUGGUUACAGUCAAGGUCAAUGUUAG